CUUCAUUCAUUGCAUUUUCGUAAGAGCUGUUGUAAGCGCAUGUGUUGUGAGGAACCAUGUUGGCGUUUGAAAGGAGUCAUGGCCUGCUCUGGAUGGUCUUCACGGGAUGUUGGUUUCGCGGACACUGGCUGUAUUCUUCUACGUUAUCUUCCUGCCAUGUCCCAGCAGAAUUCAGCUGUUGCUUUUGGUCAUUCGAAUCUCUUCUUCAUCCUGACUAGUCACCAACCCACGCAGUGGAGUUAGUGCUUCCUUCUUUGACUAGCGGACAUGGCUAUCUACAUCAUGUCUGGUCACGUACUUGCUUUGCCUUUGGUGCAGCAGAGCGAGAUGGUGACCGAUGUAACUGAAACAAAUCGACGUAAGCAGAGAACUGAGUGGAAAAGUCGCCGAGGAAAAAAAUUGUAGAGUGCAAAGCCAACGCCAGAGUUCAGCCUGGUGGCAAUUAAUUCUCUGUCUACUGCGGACGAUGUCUUGUGUAGCAUGUUACGUCUUGUGAUAAGCCGUCAACCAAUAGCACUAAGGUCUAGCUGAAUUGUGUUGAAGCGAGAGUUUUGUAAAUUCAUGAUUUUUGGCGACAUGGCUGCACCGUAUGCUCCGCCGAUGUCAGCUGCGCAAAAGGCUCGCCUCGUGCUCCCACGGAUCCCUCACCCGAGCGAAAGAGUAGGCAAUCCCAAGAACCUGCAAGUGCAAGGUGUGCCCAGUCGUGAGCAGCAUCAUCCAUCACCAGCCCAGCAACACAGUAGACACUACUUAUCAGCAGAGAACAGAGCUGGGCAUCGUGUGCACAAUGGUGCUGGCUUGGAUAGGAAUGGCGGCAAGAAAAUCCCGUCACGGGCCAUGUUUAUCCGUGCUGUGGAUCAGCUGGAGGAUGGCCUGUGUGAUUACCUGCGCUCUGGUGGUUUCUACAAUAUGAAGGCAUCUUUCAAGGCAUUUGACCCCAAAGGAGAUGGCCACAUCACUAAGGAGGCAUUGAUGCGUGCGAUUGGCAACGUCUUUCCCGACGUUACGCCAGAGCAGUUCCGAGCUUUGUUGGCACGAGUGAACCUCAAUGAUAGCCAUGUUAUCAACUUUGAUGAUUUCUUUCAGGCUUUCCGCUCACCGCAGGAUCUGUGUGAAACUUGGGUGGAUCCCGUCACACGUCGCGCACCCAAACUACUCAACGCCGGCCAAACGCAUAUGAUACUCAAAGACAUGGUCAAAGAAGGAGACCUGACUCCCAAUGACUUAUCUGAAAGUAAGUCCUUUGCACCUCCCCGUCACGUUGUCAAGCCGGACUUCAAGGACCUUCUCAAGCGUUUGCAACUUGCUGUGGAUCCUGUGGAGCUGGACAAGUUGUGGCUGAGGUACGACAUAGACAACAGAGGUAUCAUUCCGAUAUCACAGCUAUUUGCAGCCAUGGGCAGGCCACCAACGAAUGGGUCAGGUGGAGGCAUGCGACGUGCUGGCUCUGCUCCAUGUGUUUCACGCGGUGAUGGCAGCAGCACGAGAUGGCAAAGAGGUGCUACAUCUCAUCACGUGCAGGUUUUUGGUGGUGUUGGUGGUGUUAGUAGUGCUGGUGGCCAGUCAAUAGCUGGUAUACUGCACAGCGCUGCACCAGGGCACAGUGCUGGCUAUCCUGCUAGUAGACUAGCAACAUCUAGGCAACAUACCGCUGGCAAGUCUGAUACGAAUAGCAUGGAGAUGGUCAUGCUCAGAACGUUCAAUCAAGGUUACAUGCGUAUCCUGACAGCCAUGAAGGAGCAUGAUGUGGACAACUCUGGCUAUAUUUCAACGGAGGAGUUCCGCAGCUGUCUGGCCAAGUUUGGCAUUCGCCUUGCCCCGUCGGAGCUUGGUUUCUUACUGCUCAGGUGUGGAUUUGACGAGCACGCUGUGGUGGUUGCGUAUGAGAACUUCUUGGAGAAGUUUAUCAACCGUCAAGAUGGUGGUGUUGUGUCGGCUAUCAUUGCUGAUGCCAGUCACCAAUUUCAUCGCGGUGAUGCAUUUGAUACAGAUGGGCAAGCUGCUAAUGCUACCAAGACCACAGACAGGAGAAGCAGUAAGCCGCCUGGGAAGCCAACCAUUGAGCCAGGGGCGGCUGUUGACCAUGCCGAGUCACGGCUCAUGUCUCUGCUUCAGGGAAACUUCCUCACCUUGCUGGGGGCUUUCCAGACCAUUGACCCUAAACACACGGGGGCAGUGUCGCUGGAGGAAUGCCGCAAGGUACUGCACCGUAAACUGGACGUACCCAUACGCAUGGAGGAUCUCGUUCGCAUUGUGGAGCGAGUGCCGGACUGUAACAACCGUGGUCGAGUGUGCUACUCGCAGCUACUGCUCUACUUGGAUGCAGCCAGUCGUGAUCAUGUUCAGUGUACCUUUCGUAAGAUGAAUCAGGUUGUGGACGGGAGCGACGUCAGCACGGACAGAGUCAAUGAGAUCACUCGUCAAAUCAGGAAGUCUCUGCACUCGCAGCUGGCCACUGUGACUGACGCAUUCCAUGACAUGGACUUUCAGAACACUGGCAAGCUAACACAGACCAUGUUGCAGGGUCUGCUGUUACGCAUUGGUGUGAAGCUGUCCUGGUCUGAAGUCGUGCGUCUCUGGUCCACCAUGCUGAGAACCGCUAACAACACUCUGGACUUCCAGGAGUUCAUCCGCCACUUCUGCCCGCCCAAUCCGCCUCAGAAGCAGGGCAAACCUGUCGGCAAGCACAUGACGGAUGAUCAUUAUUUGAUGCGCUCUAAGAAGCUGCACCGCGAUGAAGAUAUUGUCAUGGACAGACUCAGAUCUAUGUUGACCCUGGCCUACUACACAGUUCUGAAGAAGUUUGUUGAACAAGAUCCGAUGGACUCGGGCAUGCUAAGCAUGACAGACUUUGUGUCGGUGCUGAAGUGUAUUUGCCCUCUCCUGACCGAAGCGGAAGCAGCCUCGCUUGGCUACAAGCAUCAGAAUAGAUCCGACAGGAUCAGCUACAAGUCGUUCCUAGCCCCGUACAGGCCGUCAGACAAGACCUAUCGUGUAGGCAAUGACAUGUCAGGUCUCCUCAGCCAAUAUGAUGGAACUGUUGUUGUGCAUACCAAUCCUCCAGUAGCCGUAGCAGGAAAGCCAAACAAGGGUUUGCCAGGCACUCUUGCCGCUCUCCGCAGAAAGCUGCAGCGUCAGUGGAAGCCCCUUGUGCACGGUCUGAGGCGCAUAGAUCCACUGCGUACGGGUUAUGUGAGUCUGGAUCAGCUACGCACCGUCUUCUCCCUGUGUGGCAUUGAGAUCUCCAAGAAGGAGCUGUUUCAUCUCAGUGAUCACUUUGACAAGGAUUUCAAGCAGCAAAUCGAUUACAAUGACUUUGUACGAGGUAUGAUGGGUUAGCCAUUGUGUCUCCAUCUGCUUGUUGUCAUCUCAACAGUAGAGUGCCCAGGUGUGGGCCAGUCUUCCUGCAACAGGGUACAUGUGUCAGCAACUAGCCUGUAGAGUUCCACUUUAUUCUAUAUCUGUCAUGUGUGUCUGUGAUUCCAAGUAUCUGAGCAACUUUAGUAGCGCUUCCGACCCUUCGUUCCCAGCCGCAGUCUAACACGCAAAAUCAGUCAUAUCAGCAACACAGCAUAAUUAUCUUCUGUAUUCCCCUCUAACUGUUGCUUUUUGCUACUCUUUUCUCCCAGGCACCUUUCACAUCACAUACAGUAUUACUUGUAUGUUACAACCCAACGUGUGUGUGUGUGUGUGUGCGUGCGUGAGUGUGCGUGCGCGCGCACGCGUGCACAUGCAUGUGUGUACUGCUCUUUAUUCCUGUCAACGAAUAGCAAGGAAUGAACUUGUGUCUUGAUCUUGCCAUUAUUUUGCUCUAUUUUGCAACAACAUACCCUCGCUUUACUCUUUCCCGAUCAUUUAUUCAUUCAAACUUUAUUCGAAGAUCGCAUGAAAUUUCUUUGGGUAGGAUAUCCCCGGACAGGCCUAGAGCCUCUGGGUAAUCCUAAAAAAAUACAAUACACUGAUACACAAUAAUCAUUCAA